AUGUCGGACUCUGAGGGAAGCAAUUUCUCUGAUAACGCGUCGGAGGCGGGCUCGGUGCGGUCGAGGAGUUCCCGCGGGAGCAGGUCAAGGUCGCCGAGUCGCUCCAGGUCCAGGUCGCGGUCCCGGUCCAAAUCUGGGAGCCGUUCGGCACGUUCUGGUUCUGAGGCUCGCGAAGCCUCCGAACCGGAAGAAGUGGAAGAAGAACAAGAGCCAGAAGGCGAUUCUCUCGACGAAUACGACAGCGAAGAAGACGAAAGCGAUUCAGGUCGUGCCAAAAAAAAGAAGAAGAAGGACAGAUACGGCGGUUUUAUUAUUGACGAAGCGGAAGUAGAUGACGAAGUCGAAGAUGAAGAUGAAUGGGAAGAAGGAGCGCAAGAAAUCGGUAUCGUACCGAACGAAGUUGACGAAUUCGGACCCACGGCCCGUGAAAUCGAAGGAAGACGACGAGGAACGAACCUCUGGGACGCACAAAAAGAACACGAAAUUGAAGAAUAUUUGAGGAAGAAAUAUGCCGAUGAUAGUGCGGCUGCUAAGCACUUCGGAGAUGGGGGUGAGGAAAUGUCAGAUGAGAUCACCCAACAGACGUUAUUGCCUGGCGUUAAGGAUCCGAAUUUGUGGAUGGUUAAAUGUCGCAUUGGUGAAGAGAAAGCGACAGCUUUGCUUUUAAUGCGCAAAUAUUUAGCGUAUCAAAAUACGAGUGAACCUCUUCAAAUCAAAUCGGUUGUGGCACCAGAAGGUGUCAAAGGUUACAUCUACAUCGAGGCUUAUAAACAACCCCAUGUCAAAGCCGCUAUCGAAAAUGUGGGCAAUUUGCGGAUGGGGAUUUGGAAACAACAAAUGGUGCCGAUUAAAGAAAUGACCGAUGUUUUACGAGUGGUUAAGGAACAGACUGGAUUAAAAUCAAAGCAAUGGGUGCGUUUGAAGCGCGGUCUCUACAAAGACGACAUCGCCCAAGUCGACUACUUCGACAUGGCCCAGAACCAAGUCCACCUCAAACUCCUGCCUCGAAUCGAUUAUACUCGUCUUCGAGGUGCUCUCCGCACCACUCAAUCCGAAUCGGAGGCGGAAAAGCGCAAAAAGAAGCGUCGCCCACCUAGCAAACCCUUCGAUCCGGAAGCCAUCCGUUCCAUAGGAGGUGAAGUGACCUCCGACGGUGAUUUUCUCAUUUUCGAAGGAAACCGCUACUCGCGUAAAGGCUUCCUCUACAAGAAUUUCACUCUCAGUGCUGUCAUAAUCGACGGUGUUAAACCAACACUAGCCGAAUUGGAACGUUUCGAAGAACAACCCGAAGGUAUAGACUUGGAAUUACCGACCGAGAAGGAGGACAAAGCCGUCACGCAUUCGUUCAGCGCUGGCGAUAAUGUUGAAGUGUGCGAGGGUGAAUUGAUUAAUCUUCAAGGGAAAAUUAUUAGUAUCGAUGGAACAAUGAUCACGAUUAUGCCGAAGCAUGAGGAUUUGAAGGAACCGCUUUUUUUUCAUGCGUCUGAGUUGAAGAAGUAUUUUAAAAUGGGGGACCAUGUUAAGGUUUUGGCUGGUCGGUACGAGGGUGAUACGGGAUUGGUUGUCAGAGUUGAGAAUAAUCGGGUUGUUUUGAUUUCUGAUUUGACGAUGCACGAAAUGGAGAUUUUACCAAAGGAUUUGCAACUUUGUACGGAUAUGGCGAGUGGAGUGGAUUCGUUGGGGAAAUUUGAAUGGGGGGAUUUGGUCAAUUUGGACGCGGAGACGGUGGGAGUGAUCGUCAGGUUGGAGAGGGAGAAUUUUCAUGUUCUCAAUAUGCACGGGAAGGUGGUCGAGUGCCGUCCCGGCUCGUUGCAAAAACGCCGUUUAAACCGUUUCACAGCCGCCUUAGACUCCUACCGUAACAAUCUCCAUCGCAAAGACAUGGUUAAAGUCAUCGACGGUCCACAUUCCGGCUUUUCCGGCGAAAUCAAACACCUGUAUCGAAAUUUUGCAUUUUUACAUUCCGUUGAAUUUCUCCAAAACGGCGGUAUUUUCGUUUGCAAAACGAAACAUUUACAACUAGCCGGUGGAAAUAAAAGCGUUCCAAGUGCCGAUAUUUCAACCGGAAUGGAAUACAUGUCACCGAGGAGGAGUUCACCGAUGCAUCCUUCAAGUGGUGGCGGCGGUAUGGGUGGAUUUGCAAGUCCCCGACCUGGGGGUGGGGGUGGAGGCGGCGGCGGAGGCGGCCGUGGGAGGGUGUCACGUGAUCGUGACAUCAUCGGUACUACCAUCAAAAUCACCAAAGGGCCUUAUAAAGGCAAUAUCGGGAUUGUCAAAGAUGCGACACAGUCAACGGCAAGGAUUGAAUUGCACACUUCGUGUCAGACGAUCAGUGUGGAUAGGAGUCAUAUUGCUGAUGUUGGUACGCCUAGCAGGGAUGGCAGUAUUUCGAGUUAUGGCAGGACGCCUGCGUACACCGGAAACCAGACUCCGUUGUAUCGUGAUACCGGAAAUAAAACGCCGAUGUGUGAUUCUGGUUCUCGUACUCCACUGCAUUAUGGUGGUUCAAUGACGCCAAUUCAUGAUGGUUCAAGGACGCCAAAUGCUUCUUCUGAAUGGGAUCCGACCGUUUCUAAUACGUAUCCAUCGCCAGGAUAUAAUCCGGGCACUCCGGGAUAUCAAAUGAAUGGACCGUUUACGCCACAAACUCCGGGGACUAUUUAUGAUUCGACUUAUAGUCCGUAUCAAGCUAGUCCGGGAUAUCAAAGCGCUAUUUCGACUCCGAGCCCCGCCACAGGCUACGGCCAAUCCCCCGCCAGCAACAACCCCUACAACACCCCCAGUUCCGGUUACAGCCCCAACAUGCCCUACAACCCUCAAACGCCCGGAGCCGGUCUUGACGUGCUCCCAAUGACCGACUGGCAUACGAUCGAUAUCGAAGUCCGGAUCAGGGACAGUCACGACGAUCCGGGUCUAGUCGGCCAAACCGGAAUAAUCCGGAGCAUUUCCGGAGCCAUGUGCUCGAUUUUCCUACCGGAGGAAGAUCGAGUCGUUAAUAUUAUUUCCGAUCAUUUGGAACCAGUGCGACCACAACGCGGUGACGCUUUCAAAGUUAUCAUCGGUGAAGAAAGGGAAGCAACUGGAGAAUUGCUUUCCAUUGAUUUACACGAAGGCGUCGUGAAAAUGAAGAACGAUAUUAAAAUGUUGCCGCUUCAGAAUUUAUGUAAAAUGAGGAAAGAUUUAUAAUUGUUUACUUUCAUUAAAAGCGAUAGGAAGAAACCAA